UUCACAGGUGUCUCCAUUACAAAUAUUUGCUUCCUUAAUCAAACAUAUUGACUAAAUUACUGGAAGGAAGGAUGUGUAAAUUGAUGACCUGCAGAUAUGAACUCAUGCCGACUGUCUUAGUGAGAUGACACAACUGUGAAACAAGAGUAACUGUAAAUGUAAUCUCUGACCACGUUGAAUUUUAUGCCUCUCCUAGGUAACAGCAGUGCUAACCUGUGGUCUGUAAACCAAACGGAAAUCUACAAUUAUGGACUACACUCUGGUGUUCCUGCUUUCACUGCUUCAAGUUUUAAGCCUGACUACAGCAAAUUCUUUGUCAGAAGCAGUGAUGAAAUCAAAAGUGAAAUGGAUGGCGGAGCAGCUCGUGGUCAAAGUCAACAGAGACUUCCAGUUCCCUCCUGAGCUGACACUCAGUCCACCUGCCGAUGAACUGGAUGGAUCCUCCUCCUCUGUAAUUGCAGUCUUGGAGGGCUACAACGGCCUGAUCUCUGACACCCUUAACGGGGCCACCCAGAUCAAGUAUGAAAUCUCUUCGCUGACGGGAUACCUGGAUCAGUGGAGGCAGGGGCACUGCAGCGAGCCGCGGCCGAAGCCUCCAGCAUCAGGACGGCUGCAAGAGCUACAGAGCGCCAAAGAGUUCGUUCACACUGUGAGCAUGGAGGCUCUCAUGAGAGUGAAGGAGUUCCUCAAACUUCUGCUGAAGAACCUGGAACACCUUCAAACUUGCUGAUAGAUGAACACUGGGGGCAGUAUUUAUGAGGUAUUCUCCUGGUUGAUGAUUUGUAAAGUCCGCAUCAGUGAUGUCUGGCUCAACAUUUACCCCUUUGCAAUGUGUCUUGAAGGAAAUCUAUUCUUGAAUAUUCACUUAUUUAUAUAUAUUAUGUAUUUAUUUAUAUACUGCAUUUAGAAAAUAUGUAUUUUGUAACAAGCAUUGCCUUUUUAUCAGGAUGUUUUUAGCUUAAAUGCAGUUUCUGAAGAGAUGUUUAAUUGAAAACGGUCCUAUGUUUUGCAUGCAAAGACAAAUCAGCUGCUCGUAGGUUUGUAAUGUGAUGUCAACAAAGAUCUCAGAGUGAAACAUCCGCGUGUCACAUUAACUCUGUAACACUGAAUCGGCAGUAUUACGUGAACAGCUGCCAGAGGUAAUGUCGUGAUGAACUGUGCUGUCAUCUCUGGGAAUUCCUGAAAACCCGUUGCCAAGAAAAACAUGUAUGAGAACUAAAAGAACCGGAAGGGUAAAGGGCAACUUUUAUUGCAGGGCAAUAUCAGCAGCUCUUCCAAAGUGGCUAUUUAUAUUUGUAGAACUUGUGUUGUAUACUUUUGUAAAGCUGGCACUAUUUUUUUGUAACUAUUUGCUAUAAAAAACUAACAAUAAAUAUUUAACAAACUUA